AUGUUAAACUACGCUACGCUUGCAGCUACUCUUUGGCUGGCCUGUCCAGCGACGGCCAGCUAUGCCUUCUACGUCGGCAAGAACCUCACUCAAGAUGGAAGUGUUAUCGUCGGAGGCACCGGUGAAGAAGUCUCUAGCCAUUGGCUCCAGCUCUUCCCAGCUCGCGACCAUCCUCCAAACUCAACCAUCACUGUUGGUGUCACGAAAGAUGCCACCUUCCCGGGAGAGCUUAUGGAGAUCCCACAAGUGAACCACACAUACCGGUACAUGAGCAUGGAAUACUCCGACUUCGAAGGAUUUCCGGCGCCCUUGACUAAUGGUGGUCUGAACGAGAAGGGCGUAACGGUUCGUGAUGUCUGGGCUGAUAACCGUGAUGAGCUUCUUGAGAUGACGCCCAACCCUCAACAUGGUGUGCAGUACAGUGACUUUGCCCGCAUUGUGAUGGAAAGAGCUAGCACUGCUCGGGAGGGCGUUGAUAUUAUUGGGGAUCUUAUGGCCAAGUACGGUGAAGCAACAUAUGGCGGAAACUCUCACCUCAUUGCGGAUAAGGAUGAGGGAUGGGUAGUUUGGGAGAUGGCAGGUGGCAAGAAACUUUGGGCUGCUCAACGCCUUGGUCCCAACGACGUCAAGGUCCUCUACCCGGGGUAUAUCGAGGAUUUUCCAACCGAUUUCAAGAAUGAUCCCGACUACGCUGGCUCCGACAACAUUGUUUCCUUUGCCGUUGAACAGGGUUGGUGGAACAAGACUUCGGGCAAGCCCUUCAACAUCUUUGAGAUUUACGGCCCCCAAGAUCCUCGUUACAAGGCCCGUGAUGGAGGCUACAAGUUCAUGUCACAGGCAGCUUUGGAGAACGCCACCAUUGAGAUGGUUCCAGUUACCGAGGCCAAGAUGAUGGAGAGAGUGCGCGAUCCUCGCAUUGCCGACGAUGAGGCUGGGUACGGACAGGUUGUCAGCCUCCAUGAUGGUAUUGACCGGGACAUGCUGCGAAUCUGGAAUGCCCCGGCCACAUCCAUCGCAGCACCUUUCGUCCCGUGGUGGCUCGGCGUGCAGUCCAUCCCUCUCGAGUUUGGCGAGCACCGAUACUUAACAACCGGUGCAUCAAGCAGUUUCCUCAACCCUGAUUAUCAACUCCAGGAAGCUUCUGAAUUCGCUGGACGCAUAUUCAAGCGCGUGCUGUACUACAUGUGCUCAGAGCCCAACAAGUACCACCUCAUCGUGACAGAGAUGUUCGAGAGGUUUGAAAGAGCAUCCCGCGCUCAGGUCGAGGGCUGGGUUGAGAAGACAGCUCUGACGAUGAUCAAGCAAGGGGAGCGCAAGGCGGCACAGAGUUUGUUGACGUACUAUUCUCAUACGCGUGCAGCUGAGGCGUUGGAGAUUGGGCAGACGUUGAAUAAUGCUAUGGAUGGAUAUAUCAAGUUGACUGGGAAAUGGCGUGCUCCUGAGGGUGAUCAGAUCAAUGAUAGUGGUGAGGGUAACGAAACGGUUAACUGCCUGGUUGGAUAUGAUCCCGAUAAGCCAAGGUAUCUACAAAACAACUGA